AUGUCCCAGGAACAAUGUUGCCAAGUUCAACUCUCUUAUCACCCAUUCACAUAUUGGACUCCGGACAACCUACAAUUCAGCGAGUUGGUGCGGGCACACGCCAUCUAUGGUGGCGUACCUGGCUGUGUCAGUUGUCGAACGUCCUGUAAAAACGUAAGAUGUGGUCCAAGCAAGACUUGUCGUAUGCGUGGGAAUCAACCCCGUUGUAUUUGCUCACCUGACUGCACACCUCCAGUUCGUUUUCGAAGGUACAGGGGCAAAAUAUGCGGUUCAGACGGCCAAGAAUAUCGCAAUUAUUGCAGUUUGUUAAAACAUAAUUGUCGUCACAGAAAGUCAGUCAGUAUCGCCUAUUUUGGAUCGUGUAAAAAUUCGUGUAAGAACGUAAAGUGCUACGGUUUAGGAAAGAGAUGCCUGGAAGACCGCACAACCCUGCCUCAUUGCGUCUACUGCAACCAAAGAUGCGAGGGGUCGGUGAGAAACUCACGGGUCUUGUGUGAUGAAUAUGGCAACACCCAUCAAAGCUUUUGCCACCUGAUUGCAGCGGCCUGUCGCCUCGGACAAAGCAUUCGAUUGGCCUAUUAUGGCAGGUGCAGAGGUAAUGCCACAUGCAAUAACACAGUUUGUCCCGUUGGUAAGAGCUGUCUUACAAACCCCCGAGAUGGCAGUCCUGUGUGUUACGCUUGUAAUCGAUUGUGUGAUCAUGCGCCCAGUAUCAGGGUUUGUGGAACUGACAACCGCUCAUACAAAAACUAUUGUCAACUAAGCGCCCAAGCCUGCAGUCAGGGCACCUUCAUCAAAGCCAAACAUGCAGGAAAUUGUCAAUCAAGAAGAGAGGGUCGCCAGGGUGUCACAUGGCAGCCCCGAAGGCACCGAACGGCUGACUCCAUCGCAGGUUCAGACGAGACAAAACGCGGCAUUCUCUGA